UCGUCACCUAGAUACCGAGGGCCCGAGGAGUUCGGCGUGGUCAUUCGCGGCUCUGUUCCGAUCGGACGCGGCACGAUGUCGGCAGCGCUGGUCAGGAAGGGGCUCGAUCUGAUGAGCGAAGAUGUAAGAGGGCAAGGCAAGAAGACGAAUCGAGGACACUCGUCAGAUGCUGGCUGUUUGCUCAAUACAAGCAAGAAAGGGAGAAGGAAGGAACUGGAGAGGAUUCGCAGGCAACGGGAAAAGAACAAGGCUACUGUCAAAGGGAAGGUAGUUAAAUCAGCACUGGAGGAAUACAGGAAAACCAGAGCAGCCGAUCAUACAGAGGCAAACCUCCAGUACAUGCUUGGUUCCCAAUUCCUGACCGAGAGCAGUGUCACUGAGAAGGUGGAGACAUACAAUCGAGGAAGGAAAGCAAAGGAUCGUCCAAAGGAAAAGAAGGUGAAGAAAAAAGAAGAAACAAGUAUAUUCUCAGAGAACGAUUUUGCGAAGUUCCAAAGAGAGUAUUUCGGGACAAUCUAGACUGGACAACAGGUUUGGUUUUAUUAAAUUGUAAGAAGACGUGGCUGCUUCACUUAGCCGGUGAGGAGGGAUCAGAUCAUCAGUGCGUCACCUACCCCCCCAACCUGCUGGGACUGGGAAUGAUGGAUAGAGCCAAAAGAAAAAUCCUGCAUCCAAAACAAAAUGCUGGAAAUUCUCAGCAAGUCAGGCAGCGUCUCUGGAGAGAAAUAAAUUUAAUGCUUGAGACUAGUGAUCCUACAUCAGAACAGAAACCUGAAAUGUCCACUCACCAAGAUGCUGUUUGUGUGUCUUACCUUUUCUGUUUUGUCCCGAUACAGUUUUGUGUGUGUGUGUGUUUGUGUGGUGAGAACAGAAUGAAGGUAUAACCCCAGGAAUCAAGACGCGACUGCUUCAUCUGUCAUUGUCCAGUAUUUUCAGUUUUAACACUGGAAUAGUUGUGUCAAUGAAUCACCAUUGUUUGGUAGUUAGGCUGUUGUCAGAUUACAUAAAAUUACGCCAGAAGUAAAUUGCAGAAUGUGUUAGUGAAGUAAUGUGUUUAGCUUUGCGCUCAACACUUUAAGAUAUUGCAGGCCAUGGUGAGCAAGUUCAAGCUUAUUGUCGUUCAACCAUAUAUGUGUAUACCAACAAAUGAAACAAUGUUCCUCUGGACCAAUGUGCACAACACAAUACAUAUGACAGAGUGAUGUUACUACAAACAAAUUAACAAAUAAUAAAAUAUAUUCCAAAAGAUUGACAUUUAGCAUAAUGUGCAUA